AUGAUCUGCUUCGCGCUGGGCUACAAGCUAGUAGACCUUCCAUCUCCUUGCGUCCUCCUGUCCACCCUCGGUGGGUACUAUGGCCAUUCUCCAGAAACACUGAUGGACUCAACCACAGCGACGGCGGAGCUGGGCUGGAUUGUGCAUCCUUCAUCAGGGUGGGAAGAGGUGAGUGGCUACGAUGAGAACAUGAACACCAUCCGCACAUACCAGGUGUGCAAUGUGUUUGAAUCGAGCCAGAACAACUGGCUACGGACCAAGUUCAUCCGGCGCCGUGGCGCCCAUCGCAUCCACGUAGAGAUGAAGUUCUCGGUGCGUGACUGCAGCAGCAUCCCCAGCGUGCCUGGCUCCUGCAAAGAGACCUUCAAUCUCUAUUACUAUGAGGCCGAUUUCGACUCGGCCACCAAGACCUUCCCCAACUGGAUGGAGAACCCGUGGGUGAAGGUGGACACCAUUGCCGCCGACGAGAGCUUCUCCCAGGUGGACCUUGGCGGCCGGGUCAUGAAGAUCAACACCGAGGUGCGGAGUUUCGGGCCCGUGUCCCGCAGUGGCUUCUACCUGGCCUUCCAAGACUAUGGCGGCUGCAUGUCUCUCAUCGCCGUGCGCGUCUUCUACCGCAAGUGCCCCCGCAUCAUCCAGAACGGCGCCAUCUUCCAGGAGACUCUGUCAGGGGCUGAGAGCACAUCGCUGGUGGCUGCCCGGGGUAGCUGCAUCGCCAACGCGGAGGAGGUGGACGUGCCCAUCAAGCUCUACUGUAACGGGGACGGCGAGUGGCUGGUACCCAUCGGGCGCUGCAUGUGCAAAGCGGGCUUCGAGGCCGUGGAGAAUGGCACUGUUUGCCGAG